AUGUGCGUGUAUUUUCAUUUACCGCUGCGUUGCUCUGUGCCUUACCAGAAGGAGAAAAAAGAGAAGAAAUCUAAACGCCAUGACAAAUCUCAGAGGAGAAAGACUCAGACGGAUGAAAGUGAGCAGUCGGAGGAUGACGUUGAUUCCCCAAAACUCAAGAAAUCAAGGAGUGGAGUUAAACAAAACGGUGAUGUGAGAGAAGAAGGCUCGGAGAACACGAGAUUAUCUUCUUUAAACGUUAAAUCCACCCACAAAAAACGACACACUAAUUCUAGUGAAACGUCAAGUGGUGAUGGUGACAGUGAGCAAGAGCAGGAGAUGACUGAAGAACAGAAAGAGGGUGCUUUCUCCAAUUUUUCUAUUUCCAAAGGGACUGUUCAGCUUCUUCAAGCUCGAGGAGUGACGUACCUGUUUCCCGUGCAAGUGAAGACCUUCGACCCAGUAUAUUCUGGCAAAGAUGUAAUUGCUCAAGCACGAACUGGAACAGGGAAAACAUUCUCUUUUGCUAUUCCUUUAAUUGAAAAGCUUCAGGGAGACUCACAGGAAAGAAGAAGAGGCCGUUCACCAAAGGUACUAGUUCUUUGUCCGACGAGAGAGCUGGCAAACCAGGUUGCCAAAGAUUUCAAGGACAUCACAAGAAAGCUAACAGUAGCUUGUUUUUAUGGAGGAACUCCAUAUAAUGGACAAAUUGAUCUCAUGAGAAGCGGCAUUGACAUUUUGGUUGGGACACCUGGUCGAAUCAAAGACCAUCUUCAGAAUGGCAAGCUGGACCUUACCAAGGUGAAACAUGUUGUACUUGAUGAAGUUGACCAGAUGCUGGACAUGGGAUUUGCUGAGCAAGUGGAAGACAUUUUACGAGUUGCAUACAAGAAGGAUUCUGAAGACAAUCCCCAGACGCUACUGUUUUCUGCAACUUGCCCACAUUGGGUGUAUGAUGUGGCUAAGAAAUACAUGAAGUCUAGAUACGAACAGAUUGACCUUAUUGGAAAAAGAACUCAAAAAGCUGCUACAACAGUAGAACAUUUGGCAAUAGAGUGUCACUGGUCUCAGAGAGCUGCGGUUAUUGGAGAUGUCAUUCAGGUCUACAGUGGCAGCCACGGGAGGACCAUCGUCUUUUGUGAGACCAAAAAGGAGGCAAAUGAACUGGCUCUGAAUGCUUCAAUCAAACAGGAUUGCCAGUCGUUGCAUGGUGACAUUCCUCAGAAGCAAAGAGAGAUCACACUGAAAGGUUUUAGAAAUGGUACAUUUAAAGUUCUGGUUGCAACCAACGUAGCUGCCCGUGGUUUAGAUAUCCCUGAAGUUGACCUGGUUGUACAAAGUUCACCACCAAAGGAUGUGGAGUCCUAUAUUCAUCGUUCUGGACGCACAGGUCGAGCUGGACGGACUGGGAUCUGUAUCUGUUUUUAUCAGCGAAAGGAAGAACAUCAGUUAAGAUACGUGGAACAAAAAGCGGGCAUUACAUUCAAGCGUGUUGGUGUUCCUACUGCGACAGAUAUCAUAAAGGCUUCCAGCAAAGAUGCCAUCAGGUGUCUGGAUUCUGUUCCUCAAACUGCUAUCGAAUAUUUCAAAGAAUCUGCUCAGUUCCUAAUACAAGAAAAGGGACCAGUUAAUGCUCUGGCUGCAGCUCUAGCCCAUAUUUCAGGCGCUACUUCCAUUGAACAGCGCUCCCUGCUGAACUCAGAUGCGGGAUUUGUUACAAUGAUACUACGCUGCUCUGAAGAAAUAAACAAUAUGAGCUAUGCUUGGCGAAGACUGCGAGAACUGUUGGGUGAUGAUGUUGAUAGGAAGGUGAACAGAAUGUGUUUCCUCAAGGGAAAAAUGGGUGUGUGCUUUGAUGUUCCUGCAGCAGACCAAAAGGAAAUAGAGGCAAGAUGGGAAGAUUCAAAACAAUGGCGUUUGUGCGUGGCGACUGAAUUACCUGAGUUAGUAGAAUCACAACGAGGAGGAGGAGGUGGAGGAAAUGGCCGAAGCUUCUCGAGCUCCAGGAAUGGGCGGCGUGGUAGCUCUGGUAGAAACAGAUUCAGAAGCAGAGGCCAGAAACGAAGUUUUGACAGAGCAUUUGAUCGUUAACUUCAAUGAUCCAGAAGUGGAAAAAAAUGGGACUGCAGUAUUUUAUAUUACAUUAAAAUAGGCUGUUCCUGUGUGUUUGUACCACUUGGAAAAAACUGUCAUUCAGAUUUUUUUUUCUCAGUACUACUUUGGUCAUCAACAAGAUCCUGUUCACUUUAAAAAACACAAGAAAAAUAAAACUUAUUGUUUCCUUUCUUUCUUGUAUUGCCAUUUCAACUGUAAGACCUAAAUCUUUAUUCCAGAAUAUGGCUGUCGCAUUCAAAACUGUAGCCUGGCUCACUGUAUAAUAUAUAGAUCUUAACUGCUGGUCAAACCUGUACAUUUUCCAAAAAAAUAAAAUAUUAUUUUACAAGU